GACGCCCCUCGGCCGGCCCCCAUGCACUGCUUUAUUAUGUCCGUCUCCACUCCUCAUGUGAUAAUACAUGACUUUAGGCUUGCUAUUAGUGUGGUUUGCCGACAAAGCCUGCAAAACAUUCUGGAAUGUGACAGUCUUGAGCGAGAGUUUGGAGAAUCCGGAUCCCGAGACCCGCUGAGAAGAUGUCCUCUCCACCAGGGGACCACAUGCCACGCCGACCCAUGCACUCCCGCACAGACUCAAGCAUGCUGACUACACAACUAAUGGAUAAACAAGAGAUUCCCCACAUUGUCCAAACAAACAAUGGCGGCAAGGAGUUACGUGUCACGAACAUCGACACGCAAAAGAAGCAGCCAAUCACAGCAUGUUUGAUGAACGCAGCCUUCAUCAGUGCCCUUGGGUCUUCUUAUCUCUACGGAUACAACCUGUCCGUAGUCAACGCUCCAGCCAUGUUUAUAAAAUCCAUGUACAACCGGACAUGGAUGGAGAGGUACGGCCAGCCUGCCAGCACAGAGACGGUCACCCUGCUGUGGUCGUCCACUGUCUCCAUAUUUGCCAUUGGGGGCCUCUUGGGAACACUUUGUGUCUCUUCUAUGGUGAAAGCCCUGGGGAGGAAGGGCACCUUGCUGCUGAACAACUGCUUUGCGGUAAUAGCGGCUGUGCUCCUCUCCCUGGGGGAGACGGCAGGCUCUUUUGAAAUGCUCCUCGUGGGUCGGCUCAUCAUGGGAGUGGACUCUGGUAUCGCUCUUUGCGCUCUGCCAAUGUACCUUGGAGAAAUUUCCCCAAGGAAUAUAAGAGGAUCCAUUGGUCAGUUCAAUUCCAUCCUCAUCUGCCUGGGAGUGUUCACUGGACAAGUGCUGGGUCUUCCACAGCUGCUGGGGCAGGAGUCCAAAUGGCCCUUCCUGUUUGCCUUCCUGGCGGUUCCUGCUUUGAUUCAGCUGUGUGUGCUGCCGUUCUUCCCAGAGAGUCCUCGCUACCUGCUGAUGGAGAGGAGGGAUGAAGCUGCCGCAGAAAAAGCGUUCCAGCGGUUCCUGGGAAAGAAGGAUGUGUCCAAGGAGCUGGAGGAGGUGUACGCGGAGGGCCACGCCCAGAGCAACCUGCAGGUCGUGUCGGUUCCCCAGCUGAUCCGGAACCCGGCCGUCCGCUGGCAGCUCAUCACCGUCAUCAUCACCAUGGCUUGUUACCAGCUCUGUGGCCUCAACGCUAUCUGGUACUACACCAACGGGAUCCUGGCGGAGGCCGGCUUCGCAGGAAACAUCAUCCCCUACAUCACGCUGAGCACAGGCGCUGUGGAAACGCUGGCAGCCAUUGUCUCGGGCCUUGUCAUCGAACGAAUUGGGAGGAGACCACUCCUGAUAUUUGGCUUCUCAACAAUGGCGGUGUGCUUUGGUUUUCUAACGGUCUUCCUUAAUCUGCAGGACAGAGUAUCAUGGUUUCCCUACCUCAGUUAUGUCUGUAUACUGGCUGUAAUUGCCUGCUUUUGCUCUGGACCCGGUGGGAUUCCGUUCGUCCUGACCGGGGAGCUUUUUGAGCAGUCCUACCGGCCGGCUGCCUUCAUGAUUGCUGGUCUCGUAAAUUGGUUAUCCAAUUUUGCUGUGGGCCUUUUGUUCCCGUUUAUUCAAGCUGCGCUGCAGACGUACGCCUUCCUGGUGUUUGCGGGUGUCUGCAUCCUGGGGGCCGCUUACCUUUACACCGUGCUCCCCGAGACCAAGAACAAGACCUUUGUGGAAAUCAGCCGAAGCUUCGCCAAGAUCAACAAGGUGCCGGUCCAGAGUCCUGGAGACGCGCGGGAGCUGGAGCUGCAAGGGGAGCUGUCCCUCGCCAUUCAGCCGGGACAGGGGUCCCCCAAAGGCAAAGUCACGGAGAUGGAGAGCUCCUUCUAGCCGAAAGGAGCGAUACGACAGACUUUGACAUGGUUCUAAAACAUCUAUUGUGGAUGUGCAAUGCACCGUAGGUCCUAAUUUAACAUUUUGUGUCAGUAUUUUACUGUGGGCCGGCUGAACCUGAUUCCUGUAGAUGCUGCUUCGUCACGCGGAGACGUGGCUGCGUUACUCGCAGUGGGGUUCAGUCGGAGGGUAUGUCGGCCAAUCGCUCUAUCCUCAGCCAUAAGUAUCAGAUAUUAG